UGUUCUUUGAGUUGGGAUAGGUAACCAACUUGCACGCGCAUCCGUGCCGUAUGAGGGGGUGGCUUUCCCAAGAAUCGAGAUAUCGCGCCAGCAGCCAGCUUGCCUCGGUCGGGUCCUUCAAUUGAUCGGCGCAGGGCCAUGUGAUGAGUGGUGGCCUGGGCCUUUGUUGAAUUUGGGUAGUAUUACAUCGGCAUUCAUUACACGAGACUGGCCGUCUGUCAGUGCAUCUACGGACUGCCAGACAGACAGACAGACAGACUGACACUCAGCACGCUGGCUCUUUUGCGCGCACGAGCACGCGAGCAUUCAGGAUGGCAACGUCCAACAACAGAAUCCACGAGGACAUUGAUCCUGUGCCUCAGCCGCCUGCGCAAGCACACACUGUCGCGGGCGGACGCGGCGACGAGAACGAGGCGCCUGCUGCGACGGCUGAUGGACCUUCAGAGGCCGCUGCCCAAGAUGAUGUUUCGUCCGCAUCAGACCAUGUCCAGGAGAAGGGCACGACGCCAAAGCUUACAAAGUGGCAGAAGAUGAAGGCACACUUUCGCAAGUUUUGGUGGGCAUAUCUCAUCGGCCUCAUCAUCCUACUAGCGAUCCUCCUGCCCGUCUUUUUCAAAGUAAUUAUUCCCGCCAUUGUCCAGAAUAUUGUCAGCGGACAGAAGCUGCCUAUCUCGCAUGGCAACAUCAGGGCGCUGAGUCCAACCCAGCUCAACGUCUCGCUCGUGACAACAAUGGACACGCCGCUCCCAGCCACCAUCAACGAGUUUGACCUGAGUCUGUACAACAAAGAAGCGGGCCCAGACAAGGCGUUCCUGUCGCUCCAGCUACCCAAGCAAAAGGUCAAUGGCAAGACUGAGCUGGACGUUGCGCAGCAGACGCAGAAUAUCACAAACUACGAUGAGCUCGUCAAAUGGUUCAACGGCGUCUUUGAUCUCAAGGAGGUGCCCGUGUCGGUCUACGGCAAGCCAAAGGUCAGCUUGGGGGCCCUGGAAUACCAUCCCAAGCUCGACAAGGAGCUCAAGGUCCCGGCCCUCAACUACCUGGACGGCUUUGGCAUCGACACGCUGCGGCUCCAGUUGCCCCCAGCAGAGAAUGGCUACAACCUCAAGGGCAAGCUCAACCUCCCCAACCAGGGUGUUCUCACGCUCUUCCUCGGCAACCUGACCUUCAACCUCAAGUCGGGCGACCUGACCCUUGGCUACAUCAACAUUUACGACGUCGAGAUGAAGCCUGGCAUGAACACGCCCGACUUUGACGGCGAGCUGUACCUCAAGGAGCUGGUCCCCAAUCUCGCCACCAUUCUGGAUGACCAGAAGGCGGCUCUAUCCGAAGGGGCCAUCGAGUUCAACGCCACGGGAAACGCCACCAGGGUCAACGGCCAACGCAUCCCGUAUGUGGAGGAGGUGCUCGCGGCAAAGAAGAUCCGUGCCCGCAUCCCCGUGAUCGCCCUGAUCGCCGAUGUCCUGAACGGAUUCCUGAGCGACGAUGGUUCAAGCCUCAGUGAGCUCGCGGGCGAUGUGUUUGGCAACCAGACGCUGUUCGACAAUAUCCUCGAGCACUGGGGCGAUGACAACCCAACGGGCAAUGGGACAGCGCUGAAUAGCACGACGGCCGCUCUUGUGCGGGAGAAGUUGCGGAAGCGAUCCUCGUGGGGUUCUAUGGCAUUGAACGUUAUGAGGCUUGGGGCCAGGACCAAGAAGCACCACAAGUAGCACGAGGGAUGGGCGGAGUUAAUGAGCUGUAUGUAAUGAUUUCGACGAUACCUGAACGCACUAUCGAAUUUAAUGUUUCUGGCAA